UGUUGAAUCUCCUGCAGGCCACUGUGCAUUACUGUUAAUAUUCCGACUUGACUGGAUUCAUCCCGACUUGCUGCUGCCUACGGCCCCUCUGCGGAGGUGGUGCGGCGCACUCGACGGCUGCCUCAGUAUGUUCAGCCCGCGUGGCAUUUACUCCGACACUCCGCCAGAUAUCCGCACCAAGUUGGACGACAAUCCGACGCUGCUGGUGAGCUGGUGGACGACCGGCUUUUCGUUGGCCAUUAUCGUGACGAGGGUCUGCGGUCGAUAUGUCCGCAUCGAGCGCUUCUUUCCCGAGGACAAGGUCAUGAUGGCCAGUAUCAUUCCGCUGUUGAUCCGCAUGGCUUUGGUCCAUGUCAUUCUGAUCUGGGGCACCAACAAUACGAAAACGGAGGGCUUGACGGACAUCGAGAUCCGGCAUCGCGUGAUUGGGAGUAGAUUGGUGCUGGGGGCGAGGAUCUUCUAUGCGAUCUUUAUCUGGACGGCCAAGUUGACGGUCUGCGAGUUUCUCAGGCGAGUGGCUGGCAUGAUCUGGCGACGAUCACUACGGCUGUUUCUGCAGUUUCUCUACUAUUUCCUCGCGUCGACGCUCGUCGCCGUCCUGAUCGCCACGCUGGCCGAGUGCCAGCCAUUCCAUCACUACUGGCAGGUCGUGCCCGAUCCCGGUCCGCAGUGUCGCCUGGGUUAUGCCAACCUGAUCACGAUGGGCGCAUGCGAUGUGAUUACCGACAUCCUGCUCGUGGCCUUCCCCAUCCCCUUGAUCGUCAUGUCGAACAUGCCGGUGAAGCGCAAAGUCUCGCUCGUGGUCCUCUUCGCCCUCUCCCUGAUCCUCGUCGGCAUCACCUGCUACCGCGUCCCCUCGGUCAUCCACCACAAUGGAUCGCAACAAUACCGCACGCUGCUCGCCUCGCUCGAGAUCCUCGCCGCCACGGCCGUCUCCAACGCCGUCGUCAUCGGCUCCUUCGUGCGCGACAAGGGCGUCAAGAAAGCCAAGUACAAGAAAGCCCAGGGCUCCGCCUCCGUCAGCGAGAGCCUCGACCACACCACCGUCCGCCGCGCCACCAUCACCCAUCACCAAUGGGGCUCCGACUCCGACCUCGCCGGCGACCUCGGAAUCCGCCUCGACUCCGAUCUCUGCUCCUCGGAGAACCAGGGUCCUAGGCCCGCCCCCGUCGCAGGGCCCUAUCAGCCGUACGGAACCCCCACCGGCACCGCCGGCCUCAACCCAGCCUGGUCCUUCAACCACCCAUCCACCAUCGCCGACGACGACCGCACCUCCACCACCGGCAGCCUUGACCUCAAAAUCAGCCCCCACGAGUACAUCGAAACCAACCGACCUCGCCACUACUCCCCCAACUCCACCCCCCACCACUCUUCCCCAGGAAAGGUCUCCUUCUUCGACGUCGGCGGCCUCCUCGAUCCCUCCCCAUCCACAUCCACCCUGCACGUCCCAGGCACCACCCCUCCAGACCCCAAUCUAAACCCCAAUACCCAUCUUCACCCCCAUCUCCAUCCUCCCCCCCUCCUCUCCCCUCCCCGCCGCUCCCGCUCCCUCGGCGGAAGCCGCGCCUUCCUGCAAGACGUCGGCGGCCUCCUCCCAGGCACGAGCACAACAACAGCACCAUCCUCACCAACCCGCCUGUCUUCAUUCUCAUCGUCCUCCCGCCCCGGCGCCCUCCGCACAUCGCUCUCCUCGGGCCGACGACGCGGCUCGAGCGUCCAUUUCGACGACAUGCCGUCGCCGGAGUCUGAUUCGCCCGUGCCGUCGUAUCGCUCGCAGCAGGAUUAUCUGCGCUCUUCGAUUCCGAUACCUGAGGGUGAGGGGGCGGAUGCGGUGGAGUUGCAGGAUGUGGGUGGGCUUUUGAGGGGGAAUGGUGGAGGUUAGUUAGGGGGGUUGGUUUGUAUGAAUGUUGUGGUGUAUGUUAUGGGGUGUGAGAUUGGUAUAGGGAUGAGGGAGUUGGGUUGUAUUUUUAUUAUUGUUACCUUAUGUUGUCUUUGGGGUUCAAGGGUCUGGAUUGGGUU